AUGGAUUCAGCCAGUCUUUUUGAUGUUAAGGGCAAGGUGGUGCUGGUCACCGGCGGAGCCAAAGGUAUCGGUCGCAUGAUCUCAGAGGGCUAUGUGACCAAUGGCGCUACCGUCUACAUCUCCUCCCGCGAUGCAAAGGCAUGCGAGAAGGCUGUCACUGAGCUGAAUGCCCUUGGCAAGGGCAAAGCCCAUGCCAUUCCAGCCGACUUUUACAAGUAUGAGGAUGUGAAGCAGCUGGCGGAUGAGCUGGCCAAGCGAGAGAGCAGUCAGUCAUAUCCCCCCUCCCCCUCUCUCUGUUUCACACUUGGCACGGUUGAUGGGAGAUCAUUGGCACUAACACAAUUGGUAUAUCCUCUAGAGCUCGAUGUCCUGGUCAACAACUCCGGUUCCAACUGGGGCGCCCCCUACGACGAGUAUCCCUCUGAAGCCUUCACCCGCGUCCUGACCCUCAACCUUCACCGUGUCUUCGACCUCACCAAGCUUGUGACUCCUCUCUUGGAGAAGGCGGCUACUCCGAAUAACCCGGCGCGCAUCAUCAACAUUGGCAGCAUUGACGGCCUCCGUGUCCCCUCGCUCGAGACCUUUGCAUAUAGUUCCAGCAAGGCCGGUCUGCACCACCUCAGCCGAGUUCUUGCCAAUCACCUAGGAAAGAGGAACAUCACUUCGAAUACCUUGGCCUGUGGCCCGUUCGAGAGCAAGAUGAUGGCAGCCACACUUAAGUCGUUCGGUGAGGCUAUCAAGGCCGGUGUGCCUCUGGGCCGGAUUGGAACACCGCAAGAUGUAGCCGGUUCUUGCUUGUUCCUGAGUAGCCGAGCAGGCGCAUUUAUCAAUGGGGCGACCAUUACGGUGGAUGGUGGCAGCGCCAUUGCCGCCAAAAUCUAA